GCCUAUAUAAGGAGCAAGUCAGUGUACAUCAAUACUGCCCUCAGCGCUUGUCAAAAGCCGGUCUUUACCCAGUAUCGAAUAUGUCUUAGCACAUUCUCGUGUGCUAUUACACUGUAAACUAAAGUGCAUUUGUUAUCCGUCGUAUAACCAUAUUUAGCCUUGAAUUAGCGGUGUUGUUAAUCGGUCAGUUAUCGAUCAAGCCCUCCGCCCUACACAGCUCAUUGAAAGGACACCGAUCAGGAUUAUUUGUAUCUACAGAUGUUUCGUCUAUUAUAAUGCAAGAUGCAUGCUGAUGCUCGGAAGGGGCUGCUCGACUGCGUAUUACUCGUCCUUUUAACCUCCUCCACCUACUGAAAAUAAUCGUAAACAGCUGAAAAUCGUUGAUAUUUUGGGGUGAAGAAUGACGGAAUAUAAGCUUGUGGUCGUGGGGGCUGGAGGCGUGGGCAAGAGCGCUCUCACCAUCCAACUCAUCCAGAACCACUUUGUGGAUGAAUACGACCCAACCAUAGAGGACUCCUACAGAAAGCAGGUGGUGAUUGACGGGGAGACGUGUCUGCUGGACAUCUUGGACACUGCAGGUCAGGAGGAGUACAGCGCCAUGAGGGAUCAGUACAUGAGGACAGGAGAGGGCUUCCUCUGUGUCUUCGCCAUCAAUAACACCAAGUCCUUUGAGGACAUUCACCACUACAGAGAGCAGAUAAAACGAGUAAAGGACUCUGAGGAUGUCCCCAUGGUCCUGGUGGGGAAUAAGUGUGAUCUUCCAUCCCGCAGUGUGGACACCAAGCAGGCUCAGGAUUUAGCACGUAGCUACGGCAUCCCAUUUAUAGAGACCUCAGCAAAGACGAGACAGGGCGUGGACGACGCGUUUUAUACUUUAGUCCGAGAAAUCCGGAAGCACAAGGAGAAGAUGAGCAAGGAGGGCAAGAAGAAAAAGAAGAAAUCCAAAACAAAAUGUGUAUUAAUGUGAACAAGCCUUUCCUGUCAUUAUAGACUCAAAAAAAAAAAAAAGUUCCACAACUGCAUUUUGUACAUUACACUAAAUUAUUAGCCUGUUCAAAAUACAGAAUGGAUCCUUAUUCUACUUGCUUUCAUAAAAGAAAUAAGCUUUACUUCUCGUUCGGUGCCAGUUGCCCCAAAGUGUUGGUCCCUUGACACAUUUCUGGCUUAUUUUACCGGGUGGGCUGUCAGAGCUUGUGUUAUUUUGCAGUUGGUUUAUCUAGAGUAGUUUUAGUAGAUUUAUAAGGAAAGGUGAGGACAUGAAAACAGGCUUUUGGUGUGAUGUAUGAGAGAGAUAGCUGUUUAGCCGUGAAAUUUGCAUGCGAGUCACUCGAUUUUACAGGAACUGAAACUUUGAGGAAUCAUUUUUUUUAGGACCAACACUUUCAGGUGGUGUUUUGAUACAUUUAUCACUGUGUAUGACCCUGCCUUUGGAUGUCCCAGACUUCCCAAAACAACCUGCAUGUGAACUUCCAUUGUAGUCGGAUUAACGCGCCCUCUCUCGAAAGCCAUGUAUGGUGAAAUCUUAACCACGUUAACCUUAUUUCCCUGUAUGCAUGCUGUGUCCUGUUCAUUAAACUUCCAGGGAACGGUAAUGCGUUGAAUGCUGUAUAAUAGCCACUGUCCUGCAGAAUAGAUUCGAUUUCAACAUAGCCAUUGUUCAUUUUUCUGAUAUUUUCAGUUAAAUUCAUGAGGGUUUAUACAAGUCAAAAUCUGCUAAGAGGUAACACCAUGUCAAAAUAUAUCUUCAUUAGGCAACAAAAUUAAAUGUAAAAUGCUUGGCAGGCUUGUAAAAAUCAAGUUGUAUUGUGCACAUUCAUUUUGGACAGACAAAAUGAUACAUUCAGCUGCCGCAAGUUCGUUGACUUGAAAAUCAAUGUUUUUCUUUUUGUUUGUUUGUUUUUCGAAGUUCUUUUUAUUCUCUUAUAAAUCAUAAAAGUCUUUGAUUUAAACCUAUGAAAAUACAGAUCCUGUUGUAAAUAAUAGUGCAAAAUCACUUUGUUCAAUUACAACCCUUAGCAGAUUUUAACAAAAAAAAAAUAAAGCUGCAGUUGACCAAUCGGAGUCAAGUAUUCCAGAGAGUAUUUCGAAUCUCUCCUCUGUAAGUAUCUACAUUAGCGAAAAGCCUCACUUCUGCACUCAGAGGAGCAUUUUUAUUACGUAUGAAUAUUUACCAGCCAAACAGCACCUUUGAAGGCUGAUUUUGUUUUUUGCUCAAUUUUGAUUAGUGAAUAUAACCUACUGUACCACUAGUUGUUGUGAUGCAAAUAUAUGUAAAAAAGGAACAAAAC